ACACAGUCGUCAGCCGCGGCCUUCCCUCCGGAGAGGCGUCGCCCGACAACAGUUCUCUCCGCCGCCUCCUGAGGGCUCCAGGCAUGGCGCGGUGGACCUUGCUGGUACUGCUAGGGGCAGCGCUCUUCGCCGUCUCUGCAGUUGGCAACCCUGUUGCUGUUCGGGAGAAGAAGCAUGUGGACAUCGCGGAACCCCGCGGCGACUACGGCCCUCCUCCCGAAGUAGAGGUCCACCAUCACCCCGAGCCGGAGCACCAUCACCAUCACGAACCAGAAGGCGUGUGGAAGAAGAAGCUCGUCUGGAAAGAAGCGUGGAAGCAAGUUUGGAAGACAGAGUCGAAGCUCGUCUGGAAACCCGACUGGAAGAAGAUCCAAGUGCCGGUAUGGAAGGAAAUCCAAGUGCCAGUCUGGAAGGAGAUCAAGAUUCCGCUGUGGAAGAAGAUCCAGAAGCCCAUCUGGAAAGAGAUUCAAGUCCCUGCAUGGAAGGAGAUCCAAGUGCCUGAAUGGAAGAAGAUAUGGAAACCUGUGUGGGUCGAGAUACAAGUUCCUAUAUGGAAAGAGCACCAAGUGCCCGAUUGGAAGAAGAUCUGGGUGCCAGAGUGGGUGAAGCAAUGGGUGCCUGGCGAGCAGUCUCACGGGAAGGAUCACCACGGCUGGGAGUACACAUCUCAUGGUCUGUGGAAGAAGAAGCUGAUAUGGAAGCCAGUGUGGAAGAAGAUCUGGAGGACGGAGAAGAAGCAGAUAUGGGUACCAGAGAAGAAACUCGAGUGGAAGGUGGAGUGGAAGCAGAUCUGGAGGACGGAGAAGAAGCAGAUCUGGGUGCCCGAUAAGAAGCUGGUGUGGAAGGAGGAGUGGAUCCAGGUGUGGAAGACAGACAAGAAGCUGGUCUGGGUGCCCGACAAGAAGCUGGUGUGGAAGGACGAGUGGAAGCAGAUCUCUGUGCCAGUGUGGAAGCAGAUUCAAGUGCCGGCGUGGAAGAAGAUCUGGAAGCCGGUGUGGGAGAAGGUUUGGGUGCCCCUCCCGCAGCACCACGGCUGGGACUGAUCCUGUCGGAGCACGGCUCGCUUCUCACAGGUGUUCCAGGUCAACCUGCUCGCCGAGCGCACGUGGACUCAUGUCGAGUGCCCCAGUUCCGUGAGCAGCCAUCCGUCGACGGCGUACCGAUGCCUGGUUUCCAGGCGCACAGUUCGAAGUCAGUCCGUCCAAUACCAACAUGCUAUGUGUCUAUACGCAUGGGUUUUUAACAACCCUGCUCUAUAAUUCUCAGUACAAGUAUUAUUUUUUUUAACAUCGACAAAGACUAACUGAACAACCAUUGUUGUAUUUCGUGUGUGUAUUAUAUGUAUAUGUAUUGUUAUUGUUUUUAUAGAGAUUUUUAUACAAGCUUUUUAUAAAAUAAUGUUCUUUUAUUAUACAUUCCUUGUCCUCAUACAUUUAUUUUAUAGCAUGCCUAAGAGACGUAUCUACUAUGCUAGCAGUUACUUUUUCUCUCUCAUAUGCCUUUCGAUAUUUAAAUAACGAACAUAAUGUGCAACGAUCAUACCAACAGUCUUAAACAGUUUUGAAAAUAUGGAUACAUAUUAAAAAAACUAAAACUGAGGUCAAGAAUGGCUGGACGCAAAAAUAAAUCCAUAAAUAAGGUGUUUCACUGUAUUGUCAUGCAAAGAACAAGACCUCCAAGUUUACAGCGAACUUCAAAAUACUUGGCUAUGGGUAACUGCGUAUCAUGCCGGGGGUUGGAAACAAACCAUCGUCCCAUUAUCUUUCUUGGCCCAAAGUAAAUUUUAAACAAUAACUUACAAACACAGAUUACUUAAGUCACUUAUUUGUACAGUUAUUGCACAGAAUCAUCAAUAAUGUUAUCGGGGUCAGGCUUGGUCAUGUAGAAUAGACAAGGAUUCAGUCAAAGUAAUUUAGUUUUAAAUACUCAUUAAAGCUUAAGUUCUUGUGGAAAAUAUUUUAUUUAUUUUAGUUAUUCUUUAGUAUUUAAAAAAGAAACUAAUUUAAAUUUAGUUAGAAAAAAAUGGCAAAUGAUAUUACAGGACAGUCGUGAAAAGUCAUCAGUGUGAUAUUCAGUCUAGGCAUUCUGACUUUAUAAUUGAUUUUAUAAUGGAUGUAGAGACUCUAAAUACGUAUUUGUGUUCAUGUGUUAACUGUAAGAAGGCCUGCAGUCAAGCAUUUCUCUCAGGCAAGAGUUAGCUUCAGAGAUGCAAGCUCGCAGUUACUCUAUCAUUCAUUUCUUGUUCAUUCCCUGGUGCAAACUCCUGUUAUUACGUUUACGGCAGUCGAUUUCCCGUGUGCAACCGUAAUUUUUAAGUCAAUAAAAUAGACUGCAAAUUGCAAACCCACACAGCAGAAGUAUUUCGGAUACAUUUUUGUGACAUUGCAGAAACAUUGUAAUGUUUCAAUUGAACAAAAAAAAUUAAGUAAUUAUAAGAAUAUAGACAAAAUGUUUGUUAAAAUUCAUAACCAACUUUCAUUGUGGAUUCUAGUGCGCAGGUUCAGAUCGCUAAUGAUUAGAGAACUUAGAAAAAAUGAAAAAGAUUACCCAAACUUAGCAGCUUUUGACAUAGCUAUAGUAAAAAUAAAUUCCAAAUAAAUUUUAAAACCACUAUUGUACCAAAAUCUUCUCAGAAAAUAUUAAGUGCUACAAAAUUGUAUAAAGUAAUAAACAAGGUUUUAAAAUGGCAAGUUUUUUGUGGCGGACAUAUAAUUAAACUCUUUUUUAGACUAUUUUUUUGUAAUUCAUAACACUUUCAUAAUAUUUUUUCACGUAAUUAAUUUAUAAUUUUCCGUAUAUAAUAGUCAGAUGCUGUAAUUAUAUUAUACUGCUCACAAUAUUAUUGAAAAUACAAUGUGUACAGACUUUUAACAAAA